AUGGUACGAGCAUACCCUAAUGUCGUGAUUACGGGCACACCCGGUACUGGAAAGUCUACGCUUGCAGCACAAAUAUGCGAAUCAUUUGUGUCGCCGAGUGGACAGGCUGUGCUGCGUCAUAUAGAUGUAGGCGCUUUGGUCAAGUCCGAGAGCUUUCAUUCUUCGUACAGCCAGGAAUGGGACUCGUACGAGGUAGAUGAAGAUCGAUUACUGGACUAUUUGGAGCCACUCACGGGAGCAUCGGCGCCGGACCCCCUUGACAUCGACCCGGAAGCGUGCGACGAGGCGCGUCAAGUAUCCGAUACCGACGUUUCGCGCGGUGGCCUUGUCCUGGAUUGGCAUAGUUGCGAUGCAUGGCCGGAGCGGUGGGUUGACCUUGCUGUUGUGUUGCGCUCGGAUCACCAGCUCUUGUGGAAGCGACUGGAAAAGCGCAACUACACAGAGAAGAAGAUUGCAGAGAACAACGAGGCAGAGAUUAUGGGCGUUGUACAAGACGAGGUAUUUGACUCUUAUGUGCCUGAGGCAAUUGUUGUUCUGCACAGCGAUACAGCGGAGCAGAUGGACUCCAAUGUUGAGCGCAUCCUCGCCUGGAUUCACGCAUGGCGCGCGCAGCGUGGGCUGGAAACAUGA